AUCCAAUCGUAUUUCAUAAUAAUAUACGGUGGGUCGGGUUAGUGGGGAGAGUUUAGGAUGGUGAACCACACAGCUGUUUUGCUCGAUUUCAAAGCAAGGGUAUGAUAAGACUAAAGGAGAAAUUAUAUUCUUAAUGUAACGAGCACUCUGGUAUGUUCCCGGAUAGAAACAGCGACAACUCCUUUAAAAACGAAGGUAGGAAUUCCAGCGUAUGAAAAACACUCUGUGAGUGAAGCACAAUCCUUCUCUUUUUUGGUAUUCCAACUACGAGCUCGAGUCGCUGGAGUUUGUAUAUGAUCUUGUUUAUUGGCCGACGCUCCCUAAUAAUUUUAACGCGUGUCACGCUGGUGGCUACAACUGGAAAAAAGACUUUUUACUGCGAGAAUCGGCCGAGAAAAUGGCACGAAUGGUGGAUGGAGAAACGUGGACGUAGAGCGUGCUUUUUCCAGACUCUUCGAAAUGGUCAUUUACAUUUUAAUGUAUUUUCCGGUGGAUGUAAUACAAAGGUCUUCCAUAACCUACUGAGGCGGAGAGCCGGAGAACGAAGGAAAGAGGGAUGUCUGGCCGUGCUGUGCCAUACAGAGUAGUAGGCUACAGUAAACACAGACACGCGCUUUGUCUGCGGAGUGCUUUUAUGUACAGUGACAUUUAAUAAAUACGUUUUUAAAAAUUGAUUAAUAAGCAUAAGGGCAAAUUCGCAUUGAUAGUACUGCGGAAGACAUGCUUUGAUUUUUAACGUCGAAAAACGGGAGUGAAUAGGUUGAGGAAGGAACAAGAGUUUACAAAGUUACGUUUACAUAUUUUGCAUCCGUAUAGGCUGCCCCUACUUCUGGUAUAAAUCAGGGAUUAGGCUACUUGGCUUUGUUGCAAAUACACAUUUGUUUAAUCGACUUUGCUUUACUGGUUGUCGAGAAAUGGAAAAUAGACUCUUAACAAAUGGAAAAUAAUUGCUAAUCUUCCAUUUAAACAAAACUGGCAAUAGGACCUGCGGUGAAAAUGGUAGAGAAGAGGUGUACGGUUCAAAGGGAAGGGGUGUACCGUUGGUUCUCCCAACUAAACUCCGCGCAGCGGGCGGAGUUCCUCUGUGGGCUGCUGGAUCUUUGCGUGCCCAUAGAGCUGCGCUUUCUCGGCUCCUGUCUGGAGGACCUGGCGCGGAAAGACUACCACUCCCUAAGAGACGCGGAGAUCAAAGCCAACAACCCGGCGGACCUGGCGAACCUGACCAACAUCACGGACGAGGUGGUGCGGAGCAAGCUGCUCAUCUCCCUCGCGCUGCUCAACUCGGACAACCGAGAGGCCGCGGGAGUCCUCUUCAGGACACUAACACACAUCGACUCCAUCAUCAACAACUAUGGACUGCAGCUCAACGACGGCCAGACUGGAGACCAGUUCCUGCUCUUGUUCACCAUGGCAUCCAACCACCCAGCCUUCAGCUUCCACCAGAAGCAGGUACUCCGGCAGGGGCUCGUGCAGAUACAGGGCAUCUUGCAGACGACCUGCGGCGAGCAUCACUCCGGUGUAGGCAGCGGUGCGCUAGCCACCCUUACCUCCGCCAACACCGUCACCACCUACAUCACAGCCGCCACCCUCAACUCUUGUUAUGCCGGAUGUACCAGCUGCCAAACGGCAACACCCCAGGAGGAUGCCGCAGGUCGAGGAGAUGAGGGGAGUGCCGUCGACGCCUUUCCCCCUAUGCCAGCACAUUCCUGCCAGGAGCUGCCCGUCAAGGUGCAUGCUGGGAAAUCCAGCAAAGCCACCAUCGAGAGGAUAGAGUUGAAGGGGUUCAUGCAGAAGAGCGACAAACCCAGCGAGUAUUCCUUUGAGGUCCUGUGGUCGGACUCCACCGCAUCCACUGUGACGAGGACCGCCCAGGAAGUGACGGAGUUCCUCUCCAAGAUCUCACAGCUCUUCCCCGACGACAGCCUGGAGAAGUUCCUGCCCCAGUCCACUGGCCUGGACUCCACCCCCGAACCCGACCCCAGGUGCCUGACGACACUCCCGCCUCACCUUCUGAAACGUGACCAAAUCAGGCAGUUCUUCAGUAUCGCCCCGGUAACCCUGCCCCCUCCCAGUGCCAAUCUUGCCUGUUCAUUGCAGUACAGAGGGGCCAACAGCCUACCGAGGCCCAUCUGCGGAGUGGCCAGCAUCCAGCCGGUCAUCAGCGGCCACUGCUCUCUCCAGCCCUACCCUGCCACGCCCCUCCUGCCCCCGGGGUCCGCCCCCGUCCUGCCCCUCGGCGUCGGGUCCGUGGGCGAGGGCGCCCUUUCCCAAACGCCGGGCCGGAGCCCCGCCCCGCAGCCCCAGGCUGGCCCUGAGCAGAACGGGAUUCUGGAUUGGCUGCGCAAGCUCCGCCUCCACAAGUACUACCCGGUGUUCAAGCAGCUGACCAUGGAAAAGUUCCUUGCACUCACGGAGGAAGAUCUGAAUAAGUAUGACCUCACCCAGGGGGCCAAGAAGAAGCUGAAGACCCAGCUGGAGCUGCAGAAUCGGGAGAAGUCUGGAGAAAAGAAGUACGUGGUGUCACAGUUCCCAGGGUCCUGCGGUGGGGUUGCCCGGGUUACGCCUUCCAGUCACAUCAGCCCCGUGACGCCAGUCCACACCACCAGCAGCACAGAGCUGCGUGUAGAGGUGGAGACCGGCCCUCUCUCGUUCCCGCGGGACAGCAGCUCUUCCUCGGGGUACUGCAGCUCUCCCUCCAGCCCCAUGGCCCCCCUGUCCCGGGACGACGCUUUCGAGAGAGCCAAAGACCUCCACAGAAGGCCGGAGUCCAGUUCAGAUGUGGGGGAGAAGGACCGCUCCUGCGUUCUGCUGAACCACACCGUGCCGACCGGACCCAGCCGCCCCACCGCCCAGGUUCUGCCGGUGCAGAACGACCCCUCCCCCUCGCCCUCCCCCUACCACCUGCCCCUGCUCUCCCCCACCCGCAUCCUGAGCUCCCCCCGUAAGCCCCGCCCCCCGCCCCCUCCCCCGCUCACGCCCCUCCUGUCCUCCCUCUGCGUGGACGAGCGGGCCAAGCCGCCGGGACCAGGCGGGGCCGUGAGGCUGGAGGGGCGCUUCCUCGGCCUCAGCGUGGAGGUGGCCCCGCCCGGCCUGCAGGACGGCUCUGGCCCCGCCCACCAGGGGCCCCUGGCCGCGCUGCUGUCCCCGCCGGGGUCCAUGGUGGAGACCAGCGUGGCCCUCACCACCACCUCCAACACCCUGCACCACGUCACGCACCCCCCUCUGCAGCUGCAGCUGUCCCCCUCCCUGCCCCCCGACCCCGCCCACCGCGCCCAGCACUACGCCCACUCCCGGCCGGGCGGCUUCCUCCCGUCGGUCAGCGGCGUCCCCAUGGCGACGGUCAGCAGCGUCCCCAUGGCGACGGUCUGCAGCAUCUCCGCGGCGACGGCCAGCAGCAGCGUCCCCAUGGCGACGGUGCCCGGCAACACCUACUGCGUGAGCAGCGGCGCCGUGGCGGCGGCCGGCGCGGCCCCUCCCAGCUCCAGCCCCGGCCCUGGCCCUGGCCCCGCCCCCGGGGCGGACGGCGCGCAGGCGAACGCGGCGUCCGUCUGCGUCUGCAGCUCCUGCGGCUGCAGCGGAAACUGCGGCUCCUACAGCGCGCUGCCCGCCAGCUACGCCGGCUACUUCCAGCACCCCUUCUCCGGCCCACCCGUCUUCACGCUCGGGCCCCUCCUGCACCUCAGCCCCCUCCUGGCCGGCCCCCACCACCCCCAGCAGCACAGCGUUUCGGCCGCGCCCUUCUCCUACCCCCUGGUGGCCCCGCCCCUCUACAGCGGCAGCCUGCCCCACGAGACGCAGCCCGGCUUCGUCUUGCCGCCCAUGCAGGGCUUCCUCGGGGGCGGGGCCGGCGUGUACCAGCCCCAGGGCAUGCUGGGAAACGGCAGCUCGGGGCACAAGAAGGCGGGGAUCAUGUCUUGCUACAACUGUGGAGUGAGCGGCCAUCGGGCGCAGGACUGCAAGCAGCCGCCCAUGGACUCACAACAAGGAACAUUUCGGCUGAAGUACGCACCCCCGUCAGAUGGUCAGGAUUCAGGGGACUAGGCGGUAUUCUGUUGCCCUCCCGCCCCAACCCCCACGCCACAGUUUGUGUCUCAUCCCCCUGAGCUGCUGUGAGUGUGGGGGGAGGGAGGGGGGUCACCCUGUUCACAUGGGUGUUGGAUCAAAUCUGAGAAACUCAAAAAAGUGGUCAGAACUCACGCAUAGGCGCGCCGAGAGAGGGGUACACCUACAGAGGUGUAUGUGAAUGUGUGUGUAUCAGUUACGGCAUUUUUUAAUUACGUGUGUGUGUGUGUGUGAGUUUGCGUGUGUAGUGAGGCUUCCCUCUCCUCGCCCAGUGCGAUGACCUUUGACCCCGCUCAGGAAAUCUCUCGAUGUCAAUAUCAGAGCAAUCGAACAAACAAGAUGGCCGAUCAGAGCAAUCGAGCAAACAAGAUGGCCGCCGGGAGCGUGCGCUCCUGCGAAGCAGCCCAGCCGGUGCCCCGCCCUGGUGACGGAAAGCGCACUGGCGCUCGGCGGCGAGAACGCAGCGCGCGCACUCCUUCCCCACAGACAACGGCAGUCCGCGCCUGCGGGCAUUGUCCAGCUACAUCCCAAAGACUCCCCCCCCCCCCCCCCGCCGGUUCGGGACAGCGGUGCUUUCCGGACUCCCCCUUCGAGUCACACUACAGCCGUCUUUCACGCGGCGCUUUUUCUACGACGAUGAACUUCACCUUCCCGCGGGCGCGCUGCGGCGAUCCCGCCCCCUUUUCCCACACGCAGGGGAAGGCCGCCGCAAAACAUUAAGAGACGAGCGCGAGCCUAAAAUGGCCGUUCCCUGAAGUGAGCGAGGCUUACGCAGGUGCGCGGUGUGUGAGGAGGGACGGGACGAACGAGGAAACCAGCACCGCCUGAUACAAAAUGGCGCCCGCAACAGUAGGCGCUCAUAAUGCUGCCAGAUGGAAUUUUUGUGCAAAUAUCUUCUCAUCUGUUUCAUAGUUGUUUUUUUUUUGUUUUUGUUUUUUAUAACUAAGAGACAUUUUAAUCUUGUUAAAAAUGUGAAACAAUCUGGGACCUCUUUUUCAUGAGGGAAAAGAUGCCAGAGUUUCAUAAUGCUAUGAUUGUAUACUGUAUGAUGUCUUUUGUUGGCCAUUUUGUAUUGUGUAGUGUCCUUAUUUUACGUCUGCGGCCAUCUUGUCUUUACUCUCUGAAGUCUAUGACUUGUGUAAUAAUCUCACAGGGAGUCAUAUCUCACAAAGUGAGGAUGAGGAGUAGAAAAGGGUGAGGAGAAAGAGCAGGAGGAAAGGUACUCCUGGUCUGGUGUUGGGGCAGGGGUUCAAAGGAAAAGCUCCUACCCCCUUCCCUACCCCCAAAACUAUUGUAGAUAAAUAAAGGAGUUGACCAGAAAAAAAAAAAAAAAACUGGUACUGAUGGUGGUGAGCCUCUGGUCC